GUGGCAGAGCGCAGGGCUCCGCCCGUGCCAUACCUCCGGUCUGCCAUUUGCUGCUUGGCGAUCCUGGUUCCAGCUUUCACAGGUUUUACAGUAUAUACAGAGAAACGCACAUAUUCAGGGGGUGAAGAAGAGGAUGAAAGAGUGAAGAGGCUCAGGUUCCGAGUCACCAGCAUCCUUGUCAAGAAAUGCUUUCCGAGUCAGAAGAGACAGGGCCUUUGGGAGCUGCUCAGGAGUCACCUCACAAGACUGAGCCUGAAGAGCCGCAUGCUGAGGGGAUGUCAAAGGAGGAAGGGGCUCCAGCUGCACGGAGGUGGGCGCCUCUGAGGCGUGGCUUCAGAGAGAAAGCUCUUCUGCCUGGCAGAGCCCGCACCUCUCCACAGGUCCCAGCUUUUUCCCAGGAGGGGAGAACCAGAGACCGGCAGAUGGCUGCAGCGCUCCUCACUGCCUGGUCCCAGAUGCCAGUGACCUUUGAGGAUGUGGCUUUGUACAUCUCCCGGGAGGAGUGGGGCCGCCUGGACCACACGCAGCAGAGCUUCUACAGAGAGGCCGUGCAGAAGAGGAAGGGGCUGUCCUUGGGGUUUCCCCUCAGCAGGCCUUUUUGGGCCUCCCACGUGCAGGGGAAGGGCGAGGCCUCAAGCUCCAGCCAGCAGACAGGAGAAGAGAAGGAGGAGGAGAUGGCCGUGUGCACAGAAGCUGUGGAAGUGGGGAAGGAGGCUGUAGCCCACACCACCCUUGGGGAUGUGAAGCCCUUCAGAACUAAGACCGGCAAAGACCUAGGGGGCGCCGUGCAGUGUGAACAGCCGGCCUUCAACAGCCAGGGCUUACAACAGACUGAGGAUGACGGGCUACGUGGGCCUCUAGAGCAGGGUCAGACGAAGUUACCCCCACCGGCCACCAGCCUUCCAGAAACCCAGGAGGGCAAUGCCCCUCAGAAGCCCAGCGAGGAGGAAAAACACACUGCUGAGGCCGCUGAGAGCAGCGAGGAGAGCCUGGCUCCAGAGGACGAUGGCAGUGAGAAGGCCUACAAGUGCGAGCAGUGUGGCAAGGGCUUCAGCCGGAGCUCCCACCUCAUCCAGCACCAGAUCAUCCACACGGGUGAGAAGCCCUACACCUGCCCCUCCUGCUGGAAGAGCUUCAGUCACCACUCAACGCUCAUCCAGCACCAGCGCAUCCACACCGGUGAGAAGCCCUACAUGUGUGACCACUGUGACAAGUCCUUUACCCGCCGUUCGGACCUUGUCACCCAUCAGGGCACCCACACGGGUGCCAAGCCCCACAAGUGCCCCGUUUGCAGCAAGUGCUUCACACAGAGCUCAGCCCUGGUCACCCACCAGCAUAUCCACACGGGUAUCAAGCCCUACCCAUGCUCUGUGUGUGGCAAGUGUUUCAGCGACCGCUCCAACCUGAUUGCCCACAAUCGCAUCCACACUGGCGAGAGGCCCUACCACUGCCUUGAAUGCGGCAAGAGCUUCAGCCACAGCUCACACCUCACCGCCCACCUUCGCACCCACCGUGGCAUCAGGCCCUACUCCUGCCCCCUGUGCGGCAAGUGCUUCACCCGCCAUUCAACGCUUAUCCAGCACCAGCGCAUCCACACGGGUGAGAAACCCUACGAAUGUGACCGCUGUGCCAAGUGCUUCACCCGCCGCUCAGACCUGGUCACCCACCAGAGCAUCCACACAGGCGACAAGCCCCACAAGUGUCCUGACUGCACCAAGUCCUUCACACAGAGAUCAGCCUUGGUCACACACCAGCGCACUCACAACGGUGACAAGCCCUUCCCAUGCUCUGAGUGCGGCAAGUGCUUCAGCCAUCGCUCCAUCCUCAUUGCCCACAGCCGCACCCACACCGGUGAGAAGCCCUACCACUGCCUCGACUGUGGCAAGAGCUUCAGCCACAGCUCGCACCUCACCUCCCACCAGCGCACCCACCGCGGCAUCCGGCCCUACUCCUGCACUGUGUGCAGCAAAAGCUUCAGCCGCCGCUCUAACCUACUCCGGCAUGAGAAAAUCCACACUACAGGCCCCAAGGCUCUGGCUGCGCUGAUACAGGAUGGGGAGGUGGGGCCCCUGGCAGCACCUUCACCGGAACCCACCUAGGAGGUUGAAGAGGGGCCAGGGAAGAAGCAGAAGGAACAAGGAAGGCGUGGGUAGGGAGUCUGGGAGAUGGCUGGCAUGUAGUGGGGCAUAGCAACGUGGAAAGAGCUGAGGUUUGAGGAACCAACAGUGUAGCUGCAAAUUAAAUGCCUUGUAAUUAAA